UUAGCUCGGGUCUCGUCGCUGUGCUUUCCCGCUCCAGCAGCAACUGCCACAGCCGUCUGUGUCGCUGUCGUUGUCGCGAUCGCCUUCACCGCGCGCUCCUCGGAACCCACGAACCACCAUGCCCAACAUCGUGCUCUUCAGCGGGAGCUCGCACCAGGACCUGUCCCAGCGCGUCGCCGACCGCCUGGGCCUGGAGUUGGGCAAGGUGGUCACCAAGAAGUUCAGCAACCAGGAGACCAGCGUUGAGAUCGGUGAAAGUGUAAGAGGGGAAGAUGUCUACAUCAUCCAGAGUGGCUGUGGAGAAAUUAACGACAACCUCAUGGAACUGCUUAUCAUGAUCAACGCGUGCAAGAUUGCCUCAUCUUCCCGGGUGACCGCCGUGAUCCCAUGUUUCCCAUAUGCCCGGCAAGACAAAAAGGACAAGGUAGGAGAGAGCCGUGCUCCAAUUUCUGCAAAGCUUGUGGCCAACAUGCUCUCGGUUGCUGGAGCUGAUCAUAUCAUCACCAUGGACUUACAUGCCUCUCAGAUACAGGGAUUCUUUGAUAUUCCUGUGGAUAAUUUAUAUGCGGAACCAGCAGUCCUGCAGUGGAUUCGGGAGAAUAUCACCGAGUGGAGGAACUGUAUCAUUGUUUCCCCCGAUGCGGGGGGAGCCAAAAGGGUCACUUCUAUUGCUGACAGGCUGAAUGUGGAAUUUGCUCUGAUCCACAAAGAGAGGAAGAAAGCAAAUGAAGUGGACCGGAUGGUUCUGGUGGGUGACGUGAAGGACCGCGUGGCCAUUCUGGUGGAUGACAUGGCUGAUACGUGCGGCACCAUCUGCCACGCUGCAGAUAAGCUACUCUCAGCCGGAGCCACCAAAGUUUAUGCGAUUCUUACCCAUGGGAUUUUCUCUGGGCCAGCCAUUUCCAGAAUUAAUAAUGCUGCCUUUGAAGCUGUUGUUGUCACCAACACAAUCCCACAAGAGGACAAGAUGAAACACUGCUCCAAGAUUCAGGUGAUUGACAUUUCGAUGAUUCUGGCCGAGGCCAUCCGAAGGACACACAAUGGGGAGUCUGUGUCUUACCUGUUCAGCCAUGUCCCACUGUAAAUGCGGAAUUUGAAAUGUGAGCAGGUCUAUUUGGACUACUCACUCAUCUGUUUGAUUUUUUUUUUUUUUUUUAGCAUUAGGACUCUGUAAUGAUAGCAUAUCACUGGCAGAAAGCAUCAGAUCUUUGUAUACUCUGAGAGUCAUUGUUUCCCCUUUAAAGC